AAUUUUUAAUAAGUAGGCUGUAAGAAAUUUAAAGUUAUUAGCUCAUAAGUUCAUAAUUAUUGAUUUAUGAAAAAAAUAACUGAAUUACAGUACUUAGGUAAACUUAUUUUAAUUCAAACUCACCUUUUUGGUAAAUCACAGUAAUUCUGAAAUAUAUCUUGAGGUUCAAACGUACGAGGGCUUCAACGGACGAAAUAUGUAUGGUACCUAAUUCUGAGUUUUCGUGAGCUGUAACAUGGUAUCCCAAAUGAAAUAUUUUAGAAAAGGACGUAUGUCAACGAAUUAAAUAGGCUUUAAGGCUUUUUAAAUUACGAUGUAACAUUUUUGCUUAAUUUUAGUUUUGGGGUAUAAAACAGCGAAGUCUUUGGUAAAAAUUAUCAGAAGCAGAUCAAGAACCUCCUCGCCGAAAAGAGUUGAGUAACCCCCGCUCCUCAGUGAAGAGAGUUGAGCCCUGAGCGACACCAGCCACCGCUUACCAGCCCUGAGUCGGCCCCGGCGCUGUGCAAGUGAACACUUCAAGCUAAAACAAGUUCCACUUCUGAGCACUAUGUCCGAUUCAGAAUUUGAAGUUAUUCCGAAGCAGGGAUCUACAAAGAAGACUCCUGCUGCACGCCAAAUGAAGCGUUCGCGAGCCCCUCCGUCGAUUUCGUCGAUUGACCAGGAGAAUACAAAGAAGAAAUCAAAGACACACGACAUCUUCGGGCUAAGUCACGGGCGCACGGUCGGCAAUGAAGGAAGCGACAAGAGGAUCGUAUCGUACUUCGUGAACAAGGUGGCGAACGGGUCAGAGCGGCGUACAACUAGCUUGGAUGGCGAAUACGUGGUGGACUUGAAGAUAUACCAUGCCAACGACGUGAACAACACUGAUUCAAGAGAAGUCUGGCGCAAGGCUCUUCUACGAAUCAAGCUGCAGACUCCGGAUGACAGCGAUGAGUGGAAGUUGUUACAGAAGCUAGUUACACGAAUUGACAAAAACUUUGAAGAUGAACCACGAUUUUACUCUGACAAACUUGUAGAUUGAACACGAUUGAACAAAUAAAAGCAUUACUCCUUACC